AUGUUGGUGCGGAUCAGCCUCCCCGGAGUCGUUGAGGCCUUGAUCGCCCGCCUCACCCUGACUGGCGUUAGCCUGGAUCUUCCACCCCCUUCAAAGAAUAAGGGCCUGCUUCAAUCCCGGAGGAAAAGCUUUGAAGGUGGUUUUGACGAUCGUGCCGAGAUCCUCAAGGAGGCGGUCCGCAGCUGCUCGAUCGAUGUGGUAAACGUGCUGGUCCCGCAUGCCGACCCCUCUUCCCUCAAUGCCUCGGUCGCACUAGCGCUUCAGCUGCGCAAGGCCGACGUGAUUGACAUCCUCUUGCGCUAUGGCGCUAGGGUUUGUGAUUCAACUAUUGCUCAAGAUGAGUUUCGGAAGCUGUCCAUGGCGGGCGGCCACAGCGAGAUUAUCGCCCUCGUCCUACGAUCAGAGGGCAAACCCUCGCAGCUUUGCCUGUCCCAGGCCAUGGUUGAUGCUGCCAGAGUCUCCUGUCUCGAUACGGUGCUCGUAUUGAGCCGAUCGUCGGCCGAUGCCAACUUCAACGAUGCCGAAGCACUGAGGAUCGCCCGACCGGGCCUGGACGAGGCGGUAACCGUACUUUUCACGCUGACAAAUCUCAGUUUAAAUGAAAAACUCGCCAUCCUCGAGCUUCUUCUCUGCGCUGGCGCCGCUGGCGAGGCUGUCGAUAUCGGCCUCAUUCACGCUGCAUCCGCCGGGUCCCGAGAGCUCGUAGGCCUUCUUGUCAAGUACGGUGCCGCGCUAACCUUCCAGGAUGCUAUCGUCGGUGCCAACGGUGCCUCCUUACACAACGCCCUCGUCGAUUCCGUGGAGGCUGGAGACAUCGAAUCAGCCAGGUUGCUUCUCACCCCGCAGUUUACGACGAACAGAACCAGCUCAUCAUCGAGCCACGACGUACCCUUUGCCUUGAACUCUAUGGGAUUAAUGCACGAUCGCCAUGAAGUAGCCUCAGUGGAUCACAAGGGUGGUUUGGCAUUGAGCAUAGCGGUCUCCCAAGGGGAUAUCCCGAUGACCAAGCUUCUACUCUCUGCGAAACCAUCUCUCGAAACAUUGGCCCAGGUGUUUCCCACCGCUUGUGCGCAACCUGCAGAAGAUGCCCGAUACGCACUGGUCGAGGCCUUCCUUCUAGUUGGCCUUAGAGGCAACCCUCUAGAUGUUGCUUUGCAAGAAGCCAUUUCUAAAAGCCCGGUUGAGCGUGACGAAAGGCUCAUCGCUAUCCUUCUGUCUCAUAACGCGAGCGUCAACUUUGGAAAUGGUGCUGGGUUAUCCAAUGCUAUUCAGCAAGGUGAUAUUGGCCUCAUCCGUACCCUAGUAGGCUCAGCAUCGCCGUCCACUGCGGCGAAUGUUGUGACUAGUGCGAUGAAAAUCGAGGACGUAGAUGCCCGACGAGAGGCCAUGGGGCUGCUCCUAGACGCAGGAGCUGCCAACGAGGGACGGAAAAAUCUCUCCUCGGCCGUGGUUGCCACACUCUCGUCAAAACCAGUCGAUGUCAGGAUGUUGCGCCUCCUCCUUGAUCAAGCGAAUGCUGAUGUUGGUUUUGAAAAUGGCGCGGCGAUAAAACUGGCGAUUGAUGACCCCGACCCCACCAUACUCAAACUACUUCUCAAGCUAUCUAAACCCUCAAAGGAGUUGAUUCGAACGCAUCUCGCAAAUCUCAUGAAUCUUCCAUCAACUGAUUCGAAAACUACCAAACUUCGAGCGUUCUUACCUAGCCUCUCUCAAGACGAACUCAAUGAGGCUCUCGUCCUCGAAACCGCCGCCGCACUGAAAACUGAUCCAGACCAUCUCACGCUUUCGAGUCUCGCAACCCUUAUUUCCACCAAGGCUGACGUUGAUUCUCUCAACGCCCGAGCCCUCUCUAGCCUUCCCCACACUAUCCACAACAAAGACCCCAAAUCCCGUCUAGACUUUGCCAAACGACUUAUCCGGGCCGGAGCCCCCAAGUUGGAGGCGACAAGGGCACUGGCGUACUGUAUCGAGGUGCACACAGACGAUAUUCCGCUUCUUACUCUGCUGGCUGAACAUGGAGACAUCUCGGAUGGCAUCGCCCUAAUGAAGGCCAUUCGUAAAGAGAGCCCCACCGUGGUCGCCCUUCUUCUGGAAAAGGCCGAUAGACCUAUUAGCGCCCUGGACAAAUCGUUUGAACAGGCUAUGAAAAUCGCCGACCAGCCCACGAGGCUCGAGAUUGCCCAGUUGCUACUAAAGAGCGAGAUAUCUGACUCGGUCAUAUCUGCCGGUCUGCUCACGGCCGUCAGCGAUGUCGAUUUCUCCCUCGGAAAGCUCCUUAUUUCAGCCGGUGCUAGUCUAGCUGACUGCGACAGCCGAGGAAUUGUGAAUGCUAGCCGUUCCGGGUCGCCCGAAAUGCUCGCAAUGCUCCUCAGCGGCCUCCCCGAGCCCAAAAGGAGCUCCUCGAGGAAGCGUUUCAAGCAGCAACGGAAAGGAGUCUCUGGGGAUGUUGUAGAUGAGCAGCUCAUUUCAGCCGCGCGUUAUGGAGAGAGUGGUCACGAUAUGCUCCGCGUACUCCUAGCUGCUGGGGCAACGCCUAAUUACGACAACGGCGAAUCGGUUUGCGUCGCGAUUCGAAGCGCAAUUCUCCCCAACCUAGAACUCCUCCUAGGCCGUGAGCUUACCCGUAUGAGUCAAGAGAGACCAAACGCAGGCACGCUUUCUGAGGCUCUCAAAGCCAGCUGGACACUAAGCCGAGAGAGACGCCUAGUUGUAAUUCAGUGGCUAUUUGAGGCUGGCCUACAAGUAACGUCGGAGUUGCACUCAACCCUGGAGGAGAUGGUCAAAGAAGAGGAACAAGAUCUCGUCCUUAUCGAUCUUCUACUUGAUCGUGGCGCAUCCCCACUUCACAAUGAUUGCCAGUCCAUCAUCGAUGCUACUUCUCACACCUCGGCCCCUGUCCUCAGCCGUCUUCUGGGAAGGCACGGUCCUAGUGAUUGCCUCGAUCACAUACUCUCGUCAGCCUUCAAAAAGGAAGAAGCUGCUCGGUGGUUUACCAGCCAGGGCCUCACGGUGUUACAGAUGAUCCUCAAGGCUUGCCCGGGCAAGCGCAUAGACGGAUGCACACUCUCGAUCAUAUUAGAGCUAGCUCCCAGCCAACCCAAUGACCUUGCCGACGCUUUCGUCACUAGUCUUGCAGAGCACGGAGUGGAUGUCAAUUACCAGCAGGCAAAGCCCCUUCGUCUAACAGCGGCGGCCGGCCGACUUACUUGGCUGCAAGCGUUGCUUGAGGGAGAACGAAACUCGACCGCCACACCAGAUUCUCUAGCCAUUGCCCUUUUCCACGUCUUUGACAUGGAACGAGAUGAAGAGGAAGCAGUCGCCCUAAUUACGGCCAUCCUCGAGCACGAGCGAGAUAGCGCGCGCAUUGAUGUCAUGUACCCACAUUCCAUCCACAGCCCCAUCCUUGCCCUCGCCCUGGAGAGAUACCCGCGCUCUGUCCGGAUCCUCGAACUUCUACUUGAUGAAGGCUACUAUCAUGACCAAAUGGUCCUCUGCUCGGUCCUGCCAGAUGUCGAGGAAGAGCCAGUUACGCUCCUCACCUGGGCGCUACUCCAACCGCAAAAACGUGUCAGCACCGCGAUAAUCGACAUUCUCAUUUCCCGUGGAGCCAAGGUCAACUUUGAAAGCAAACUGACACGCAUUUCCCCAGUGAUGCUCGCCAUCCGCGCACGGCGCCCGGACGUUGUUGAGAAACUCCUCCAUCAUGGGGCCGAGGUCGAUGGUAUCACCGAUGCAACGGGCUUCUCUCCGCUAGCUAUGGCUGUUAGCCUAGGUGGCGAUGUUUCCAUUCAGAUUAUGACAAACUUUCCGAGUCCCCUUCACGGCGGCCGUACUGCCCUCGCCGAGGUGUGCCGCCAUGCGGCGAGUGAUUCAUCGCAGCCACUCGACUCGCAUCGCGAGCGCGCCCUCGAGAGAAUGCUUUCCUACCUAAUAGAAAAUGGCAGUGACCUUGCCAUUAAAUCGGACGGCAAAUCUGCACUCUUCCUCUCCUUUGAGUCGAGCGAACCUGUAUUGACGACUCGUGCACUUCUCAAGUCCGGCAUGUGGAAGCAUGUCAAUCAGGCGUUCAACAUGUACUCGAAUUCCACGCACACCUAUUCCCCAACCAUUUAUGUUCGACGGAUGAUACUCUCGCACCACUCGGAACAAUUGUACUGGCUCCUACGGGCGAACCGAUGCGAGGAUGUCUUUUACGCCCACGAGGGCCCUCAGCCAGAAGGCGCUGUCGGCUUGCCAGAUGAUAUUCUUCGCGAGGAACGGGGGCGACGCGCGCGUCUGGCGCGCCUCGCAGCAGAGCACGAAGACCAUGCCAUCGCCUUGAGUCGGGCCCGCGCUCUUGGUGAACUGCAGGCGCAGAUCUACCGUGCUCAAGCCGAUUUGGAAGCUCUCACGCGCAAGGGUCGUUUACAUGAGGAGCUGUCCGCCACACGAGAGCGUGACGAACUUGAGCGCGACCUUGCGGCUGUCGGCGCGCGCAACCGGGCCGAGGAGCGCUCCGUUGAGUUGGCGCAUCAAAAGAGCCUUACUGAGGAGAUGCUCUCGCGCGUGCGUGCCGUUUCGAACCUAGAGCUCGAAGAAGAAGGCAAGAAGGCAGCAGUGCUAUUCGACUGGGAAGAGAAGAUGGGAAUCCAGCGCGUCGAGAAUGCGAGAGCUUUGCACGCUAUUAGAGUAGCUGAAAGCCAGGAUCUUGCUCGGCAGGGUUCAAGAAGAGUAGCCUAA